AUGUCUAACCAAUCUAUAACACGUUUGACAAAAGCCCUUCAUAGUCUUUUUUCUUCAUCAGAAAUACCACAAACAUUACCUUUUGACGUUAAUGAUAAAAUAUCACAAUAUUUAAAAAAACAUGAUGUUCCUGAUCUUAUAGAAAUUCAGAAACUGCAAAAACAUCUUUUUGAGAUUUAUUAUACGAGAGUAGAGAAUAAGAAUGUACAUUUUCAAAGUCUUUUUCUUAAUUGUUUACAAAAAUUCCAAUUCUUGCUUAUAGGGAAAGAAUAUGCAGUAAAAUGGUGGGAUAUUAUUGUAAAAUUAGUAUUUAAUUCUACACAUCAAAAAAAAAGCAUUCUCUCAAAUGCAGAAAGCAUUCUUCUAGCUAUGAUGAUUGUGGAUGAUGAUGUUAAAGAGCGUCUUCGUAAAGAAAAGGAAGAAUCUUCAGAAAUUAUAAAAAAGUGUCUAUUUGAGUUCUAUUUAGACAAUUCAAGAGAAGUUUUUUCUCGUAUUUUAAAGAAUUCUUUAAUAGAAGAGGAUAAAAGACACUAUAUCUCCUUCAAUGUGGAAUCAAUAUUAAUAGGUUAUGCAAAACAGAGAACAAAAGCAUUUUUUAACGAUAUUGAUUUGUAUUUUGUUCAAAAAAAAUAUAGGCUUCAAAUAUUAAGUCUUCUUUGUACAUUUGUGAGACUUCAAGGACCACAUUUAUAUACUAUUUUUGAAACAUCAUUGUUUGAAAAUUUAUUAUGUUGUCUUGAGAAUGAUAGUUCAACAACUGUUAUAUCUCUCUCGCUUACUGUAUUAAUUAUGUUUAUGCCACAUAUAUGUAACUUGCUUGGAAAAUAUUUACCUAGGAUAUUUAAGAUUUAUGUAAGAGUUCUUUGUUGGGACCGUUUUGGAGCACCUCAAAAGCACUACGAUUUUUUAGACAAUGAAAUUAAAAAUCAAGACAAAAAAACAUUAAAGAUUUUUACUCAAUCAAACAAUGAAUGGGAAAAACUAGAUUCAUUAUUUGACAUUGCGCCUAGUAUACCACCCAAUUGUACUCAAUUUUUUACUUUCAUUUAUGGUUUAUAUCCAUUAAAUUUUUUAAGAUUUCUUCAUAGUGCACAAACGUAUCUUCAAGAAAACAAUGAUAAAUAUUAUAUGUAUUUUGAUGAUGAUAUAAUAAAAUCUAGAAGCGAGCCUCUUAUUAAAAGACACAUUAUUCAUCCAAAUUUAUUAUUAUUUACAUUCGAAACUGAAAUAAUUGAUCAAACACGUUGGAUGAAGUUAGAAAUAGCAGAUAUUGUCGCUAAAUGCGUUAGUCUUGAUAUAUUCAAUGCUCCACAAUUAUGUUCGAGAGAUAUUGGUGUACAAUGCAAACAAAAACGGGAUAUUUCUUUUGAAAAUGUUUAUAAUAACGAUUUAUCUCCUUUAGAUGAUAUAGAAAAUAACAUUUACACAAAUUAUUUUAAACCAACUGAACUUGAUACGAAACAAUUGAAUUCUUUUUCUAUACUUGAUUUAAAUCAAAAUUAUUUAACAAAAGAUGCAUUUUUUCCAUAUUCAGAAAAAAAUCAGCCCUCUCAUCAUCAUUCAAAUUUAAAUCAAUAUACAGUUCCUAUCAAAGUAGAAGAUAUAACAAGAAUUCAUGAACAAUUAAACUCUGAUUUUGGUAUAUAUUCAGCUCUACAUAUUUUAAAAACUGAUCAAACAAAUACAAUGUUGAAUUUUAAUUCUCUUAUAAAGUCAAAAGAGUCAUUAAUCUUAAAAUCAGAAACAGAAAAAUCUAAAGAUCCUGCAUUUUUAUCACUUUUUUAUAGAAAUAAAGAAUGUGAAGCCACUAUUGCAUUAUUAAAAAGAGAAAUUAUUCUUUUACAAAAUGAACUUAAUUUUGAAAAACAUUUGAAACUUCAGCAUUUGCAUCACUUAGGGCGCCUUAAAAGGGAACAUAUAUUGGAUUCUUCAGUAGAGGCAGAACGCCAAAAUUUAUAUAAUACAACACGAACAUUAAAAUCAAGACUUGCCAAUCUCCAAUCAAUUCUUGAGAAACUUAGAUCUGAAGCAAUAACAAGACAAAAUCAAAGGAUAAAGCGAGAAACUGAGUUAAAUACUAAAUUAAAAUCUUUGCGUGAAGAGUAUAAAGAUCUUAAAGAUAAUUAUAAUAUUAUAAGAAAAAAAUUAGAAGAAUCACAAAAAAAUAUAUCACAUCUUUCUACAGAAUUACAAAAUAGCAACUCUGAAAAAUUUAAAUUAAAUCAAGAGCUUAAAGAAUUAAAAACUGAACAAUUAAAAAAUAGAAAAAUGGAAUCAAUUACAGAUGGCGAUAAUGAUGAACAAAAGAAUAACCAACUUGAAAAACAAUUUAAAGAAAAAGAAAAUUUGCUAGAGGAGGCAAAUAAAACGAUUUUUAUAUUAAAUGGAAAACUUCAUCAAAAAGAACAUGAACUUGAUACAAUAAAAAGUCAAUAUAAUAUUUUAUUAAUUAAAUCUAUGGAUAUUCCUUUUGACCAUGUAACCGAUACAGAAGAUAUACAUUUAAAUACUUCUCAUGAGAAUUCAUUGAAACUAAACAAUGAAGCGCUAGUAAAAGAAUUUAAUUUCCUUGAAAAUGCUCAUGAAAAAUUAUUAUCAGACUAUAGGACUGCUCAAUCAGAAAUUAUAUAUUUGAACGCUCAAAUCGAAACUUUACAACAAAAAGUUGCCCAUUAUGAAUCUAAGAAUACUAGUUCAGAUUUAUAA